AUGGCUGAACCUCGAAGUGACCCUUCCCUUAGCCGGAAGGAACCAAGAAAAUCUGUCUCCACAACAAAGAGGAGGAAGAAGUCGAGAUAUCAGCGCCUCUACUGUAGGUACAAGUUUGCCAUUGGUAUUUAUAAAGUCUUAAAAAAAGUCCACAGUGACCUGAGGAUUUCGUGCAAGGCUUUGACCUUCCUCAAUUUCUUCCUGAUGGACGUCUUCCAGCGGAUCUCUGAAGAAGUUACUGUCCUGCUCCGUUAUAGCAAACAUUCAACAAUAACCUACAGGGUGAUCGAGACUGCAGUGCGCCUGUUGCUGCCAAGGAAGAUGGGCCAGUUCGCGGUGUUGGCAGGCAAGAAUGCCAUUGAUAGAUACCACUGCAAUCAGUGA